UUGAUAAGUAGUAGUUGAUACCUCAUCGUAUAAUAUGUAAAUUGUGUAAUAAUAAUAUUUUUAUUUAUUAAUUAUUAGUUGUUAAUUGUAAUACCUAUACCAAUAUACAUUUAUAAAAUGAAAUAUAUUACUCGUAUUAUUCAUAACAUUCAUGUAAAUCAUGAAAUGCGAAAUGUUCGUUCAAAAUUCACAAAAGCUGCUGUUCUAAAAACUGCUAAAGAACCAUUGGUUCUUGAAGAUUUUAAAAUAGCAGAUAAACUCAAAGAAGGCCAACUCCGGAUUUCUGUAAAGUAUUGUGCUGUGAACAUGUCUGAUGCUUUAAUUUGCUCUGGGUUAUCUGAAAUCAAACCACUUUUGCCAUUUGUUCCCGGUUUUGAGAUUGUUGGGGAAGUAAUUGAAUCCAAAGCUACAAAUGCCGAUGAUGAAGAAGAAGAUAUAUCAGUAGGUGAUCGAGUGUUAGUUUUAAACAAAGAAAUCAUGGGUGGAUUUGCAGAAGAAUGUAUUGUUGAUGAAAAAGAUGUUUUUGGAAUACCGUCAGAAUUGUCUUAUGAAACCGCUGUGUCAAUUGGAGACAGUUAUGCAACAGCGUUAAUAGGAUUGGCUCGCCGUGGAAACCUAAAAAAAGAUAAUACUAUCUUAGUAACAGCAGCUGCUGGUGGUUUAGGUUUAGCUGCAGUCGAUAUAGCUGCAAACAUGUGUAAAGCUAAAGUUAUUGGAGCUUGUCGUUUGGAAAAAAAUACAUCUAUUGUAAGAGAUAAAGGAGCUUUUAUUUCAUUUGAAAUUAAAAGUCCCGAGUCUUUGUGCAAAAGAGUAUUAAAGGAAACUGAUGGCAAAGGCGUAGAUGUGGUAUUUGAUGCUGUUGGCGGAGAAAUUUUUCCAUCAGCAUUAGAUUGUGUUGGCCAUGAAGGUAAAGUAAUAGUUGCAGGUUUUGCAUCAUUACAACUACCACAGUUAAAUAUUAAUGAACUUCUACGCCGGCCUUCAUUUAGUUUAAUCGGUGUAUCAUUGAAUAAUUACCGUAAACAUUCAGUAAGGAUAUACAGGCAAUCUGUCAAAGAUGUAUUAACCAUGUGUAAAAUGGGCGUUAUUACUCCAAAUAUAUCAGAAACAUUAAAACUUGAUCAAGUAAAUGAAGCAUUAGAACAUUUUUCAACUGACAAAAGUAGUGGUAAAAUUUUAUUAAAAAUUGCUGAUUGAUUGGUAAGAAUAAAGAAUUUAAAAUUAAGUAGAAUUUACUGUUAAAAAUACUUAAAGAGUUGUUUUAUGGCAUUUAUAAGUAUUAUACAAAUACAUGAAAGUUUUUUGUUUA